AUGGCAGGUUACGACCAAGUUAGGCCAGGAUUCGAUGCCGUGCGGUUGGGAUAUGAUAAAGAGUCACUUUUUAUAGCCAUAAUUGGUUGUGACAACGAUUUUAGUGACAGUGAUUUGAGGAAGGUGGUAUCAAGGAAUUUGGUGAUUAUGUGA